AUGUCGCGGACUUACGAUCACAUCAAAGGAAAGAUUAUCCUCCAUGCUCAGGCAAGCCCGAAUCCCUGUGAGGGCCAAGGUGAUAAGGUCGCAUCACUCCUCAAAGUGAUUCGAGACUAUUCCAAUAGUGAUAAGGAGCCCGGAUGUCUCACCUAUCGCGUCACCCGUAGCGGAAAUGAUUUCCUUAUCUUUGAAGAGUAUGCCGAUGGUGCUGCGAUUCGAGCUCAUUUUGAGACCGAGGGAUUCAAAAACCUGGUCAAUGAGAUGAAGACGGGUACAUUAGCUGUUGGGGAACCGGACAUCACCUACUAUGAGGAAAUUUAG